AAAUAGAAUAUAAAAACGGGAUAACCCUUCCCAGCAUGCCAUGUUAAUGUCUGAUUUCUCUCUCUUUGACUGAAUCGAUCGAAUUUUGUGAAAAAGGAAAAUUUUAUUUACUCAGCGCGUAGUGUACAUUUUGCAAUUAGUCGAAGCCUUUUUAUGUGAAGGUUCCUAAAUCUGAAACUACUGAAGGUUUGGACAGUGAGGUCAGAGUGAAACAAGCGGUUCCAUUUUCUGAAGUUUAGGGUGUGUUCAGUCAACUAUCACUCUGGAAGGAAUACCUAUGCAAAUGAGAAUGCCGGGUCAGUUAAUGAUGAGUCCGAUGGAUCGAGACCCUGGCAUGACGCGCCCUACGCCAUACAUGGGACAACCAGAUUUUAGAAUCUAUGAACUUAACAAACGUCUUCAACAAAGAACAGAGGAAAGUGAUAAUCUGUGGUGGGAUGCUUUUACUACUGAAUUUUUUGAAGAUGAUGCAACAUUGACAUUGACCUUUUGUUUAGAAGAUGGUCCUAAGAGAUACACAAUUGGUCGAACAUUAUUACCGCGGUAUUUCCGAAGUGUAUAUGAGGGUGGUGUAACAGAUUUAUAUUAUGUAUUAAAACAUCCUAAAGAAUCAUUUCACAAUACAACUAUAACAUUAGACUGUGAUCAGGCCAUGAUGGUUACUCAACAUGGUAAACCAAUGUUUACAAAUGUUGUAACAGAAGGCAGAUUAAUAUUAGAAUUUACAUUUGAUGAUCUGAUGAGAAUAAGAUCUUGGCAUUUUGCUAUAAGACAACACAGAGAACUUAUACCUAGAUCUGUUAUAGCUGUUCAGCAGGAUCCUGCCAUGGUAGAACAACUUUCUAAAAAUAUCACUAGACAAGGUCUUACAAGUUAUACACUCAAUUUUCUCAGGCUGUGUGUGAUAUUAGAACCAAUGCAGGAACUUAUGUCUCGGCACAAAGCGUAUGGCUUAAAUCCCAGGGACUGUCUCAAAACAACGCUCUUCCAGAAAUGGCAGCGAAUGGUUGCUCCACCUGGGAAAGGUAAGAGUUCAGAAGCAACUCGGCCACCUAGUAAAAGACGAAAGAGAAAAGCAUCAACUGGUAAUAAUUCUAAUUCUAAUAGUCGUGAUGGAGCACCUACUGGUAAACAGAAACGAUCACCUGGUCCACCUGGAUUUAAUAUAUCUACAUCUGUACCAGGGGAUGUUAUGAUGGUAGGAGAGCCUACCUUGAUGGGAGGUGAAUUUGGUGAUGAGGAUGAAAGAUUAAUAACUCGACUAGAAAAUAAUCAAUAUGAGUCAAACGGAAAUGAAGAUGAACAAGACAAGUUUCAACACUCACCAGCGUUACAACAUAGUCCCUGGGGUGGGCAGGACAAGAAAACCCCACAACCACCUACAUCAUCAUCAGGGGGCCCGCCAACUAGUGGUGGAGGGGAAGUGGAAACGAAAGUAGAAUGAAAGAGUGCCUCAUUUAAUUAAUUUAAAACUGUACCUUGUCAUUACACGGAGCAAUAUGGACAAAUGACUGUUGUUGUGUGUGGUUCUUAAAGACAGAUAUUUUGUCGAGUUGGUCAGAUUGUGAGAUCCGAUCUUAAUGGAUUUUAGAUUAUUAGAGAUUUUACAACUAAUUUUCUCUGAUCGUAAUUGUGUAAUGAAAGCCAUAUUUAUGUAUUGAAUUUCAAAUUCUCAAGAGGGAGAGAAAUCUAAUUACUUUUAUGUUACUCGCAAGAUCUGACAAAUAUUUAAUCUUUAUUUUGGAAAGAUUACUUGGUUUUGAUGAAUAAAUUCAAUUGAAAACUUUGCUGAAAAUUUAAACAAUACCUUAUUUAGAAACCGAAACUGAAUUCAUCUUUUAUUGAUAGUUUUAAUUUGUAUCACAGGAUGAAUUACAUGUAUCAAUAUUCAUAAAAAAAUAUUUAUGAAUGGACUGAUAUAGUAGAAAGGAGAUUGGAUUAUGAUGAAUGAAAGGUCUAUUUUGUUCACCUUUGUGAUCACCAAUAUUAUUUAUUUUUUAUGAACACCAUCAUCUUAUUUAUUUAAAAAAGGCAGCAAAAAUCAAAAGGAAAUGGCUGUAUAGAGAUACAGCUAAAACAUUAAAGCAUUACUAUUUAUACGUUGUGUAUUACCUACCAAAAUCAUAUCUCAAAUUUCUGUUUGAUUCAUGGUAAAUAGGCAGGACUGGAAAAUAGAGAAGUAUGAUGUAGUCUUUAUCAACUGAUAGACUUCCUGAGUGCAUAAUAAUGGAACCUGCCAAAUGGUCCUUACUUAAAAUGUCAGAAAUAGUAGGAAUUAUGUCAAUAUUCUCUAGACCAAAAGAGAAGAAUUGGUCUGCUGUAGUUCCCACUGCCACCAUUCACAAACCUUAAUCAUAUUGAGACAAUGAAAUAGAGUAAUAUGUUUUAAGGAAUGUACAAAAUCUGCAUUCUGGGAUUCAAACUCACUAUAAAGACUGCUUCACUAUUAAGACCAAUUUAUAUCUGUCACACAGCUGGUCUUAAUAGAGAGAUUUCACUGUAUUUAGAAUAGAAAUGAACGUCACUGCCAUGUGUAUAAUCAUACUGUAUAUCAUCAUCAUCAUAUUCUCUAUUUCCUAAUGUUAUUGUUUGUUUAUAUAUAUAUAUAUCUAUAUAUAUACAUGUUUUGUUGUGUUACUGUCAUUAUUUCAGUGGAGGUUCGCUUAGUUCACUGUGCCACACACAGUUGGAACAACAAUCUACCAAUAGCUACAUACCUGUAACUUCAAUACGUUUGCAUUGUGAAACAGGGCUCAGAAUAUGUUCACUCAGCAUUGUUGAAAAAGUUGGUGCAGCAAGCACAGUAGCGUAACUAAAUAGUGAGAAUAGAAACUAGUUUUUGUGUAUUUAUUAUGUUCCUGUUCUAAUGCAAAUGAUAACCGUGUUUUAGCGCUUCUGGACAUUUGAAUGGGUUCCAGUUCAACUGAUUGUUAGCAAUUUGAAUAUAAAUGUCAAUCCCAUGUUCAUCUCUUGAGAGAUAUAAAAUGGGAAAUGUGGUUUCUCAUGUUUAUAAAAUUUUGUAAUUUAUACCCAUUAUGUAUUGUAAACUUGUUUACAUCCUUUAAGUGCUAUAUUUAAACAUCACUACAUGAAACUAUGUACCAAAUUCCACUGUCGCUACUUACUACAUUAAGUGGUCACAUGCACUUGCCCAGAUAUCCUUUUAAAGAAAGUAUAUGCAACCUGCCCGUCAUCAAAAUAAUUUAAAACUUAUUAAUUUUGUGUAUAAUGAAAGCACUUCUCACGUAAAGUUGCUCAAAAUAUAUUUUAAUAAAGUAGGGUAAGACACACAAAUUAAAAUAAGCAAACAUCUGUUUAGCUAGGAAGAAUUGUGCAUAUACUCUGUGAGUGUUUACAUCUGCUCAUGUUGGUGGCCUUGUGGGAUAUUAAUCAUACAAGUGCAGUAAUAUGGGCCCAAAAUUUAUCUGACCAUUUUCCUCCAAGCACAGAUCUUAUUUGUAUAUUAACACCUACAUGUUUUUGACUGAUGUGAAAAAUGUGUAAAAGAUAUAUUUGUAAAUAAAAUGAUUGUAAUAAUAUUAUUGUGUGUAGUUUAAUUCAAUAUACCGAUCUGAUUGUCAAACCAUAUUUUUUGUUGUUGUGGGUAAUUUUAUCAUAUUGAUUAAAAAUAUCAAAAUCUUU